CUCUUCGUGUCCGUCAGACAGAAGCUACAGACGAGCUAGCGGUGCUAGCAUGGUCCUAGUGGAGCCGGGGAAGGUCGACAGUAGGACAGCAGCAUCCUCACCUAUCCUUUAAACUACCUGCCAUUUACUGACUCCACGACGUCGUGCCAACAGGCGAACUCAAACACUUUUUAAACUGUGUAGUUUUAAAGAAAGGUCCUUAGCUAGCCCAGCAUUGAGCUAUCUGUCGUUAGCUCCAGGUUGCCCUCAGUGAAUUCACUCUGUCCUGCGAUCAUGGCUGCACUCAGAGCCUCCUAUCACAGGAUCCUGGACAAGAUCGAGCAUAUGCUGCCCGGCAAACUGAGACCUCUGUACAACCACCCGGCAGGUCCAAAAACAGUUUUCUUCUGGGCCCCAGUGUUUAAAUGGGGUCUGGUUGUAGCUGGUUUGGCUGAUAUGACUCGACCAGCAGAUAAACUGAGCACCUCCCAGUCUGCAGUGCUGACAGCCACAGGCCUGAUCUGGUCCAGAUACUCGUUGGUCAUAAUCCCAAAGAACUGGAACCUGUUUUGUGUCAACUUCUUUGUCGGCAGUGCAGGAGCCUCCCAGCUCUACAGGAUCUGGAGGCACAAGCAGGAUAUGAAAGCCCAGGCUAAGGAGGUUGCAGAGGUUGCGGAGGUUGCGGAGUCCUGAGUGCUUUUCUGUUGCCAACGCUCCACUGCAGUGGGCUGAAAGGGAGACUACACUCUGGGCACAAACCUGCCCCUUCUCAUCAUCUCCACAUCAUCCCACGAUGUCUCCAUAACAUCCAUGCCAUAACCGUUAUUCUACCACAUUAAGCCUGUUGGCCCUGUUGGAAAUGUGCACUUUCCCUUAAGUUUCAAAUUUCCUCAGGGUGUAAACGAAAAACAAAUAAAUUUUUUUAACUGUAGUCAACACACACUCAAGAAUCGGUCAUCAACGCACAAGUACUACUUGUUCAACAAGCUGUUUGAUUGUACAUGUUCAUGCUUUAUAUAUUGUGUACUGGUUGGGAGGUUUUGCUUUUUCCAUCGUUGUUUUUCAGGUGUAGCAAUCAGUACCUCAUGCAAUAAUUUCCCCCAGAAAAAUGUAACUCUUGGAUAUGUGUUGAACGUAGUUUAAGGAAUGUUUCCAAAUGAAAUUUAAUAAGGAUGUCAUCACCUUUUUAUCUUUUCAUUUACUUAUUUAUAAUUUGGUUACAGUCAUGGCAUCUGUACCUCAGUGAUCAUUAAAUCAUUGAUUACCAUGUAACAAUUCCUUCCAUCUUAAUGGCUUUAAGUCUUUUAAUGUGUGUGCGAACAAAUCCUAAUUUAUUAAUCACUUGAUUAAAUUAUCUUUUAGUCAAAACUGUACAGAAAGACGCUGUUAUUUCCUGAUUCUUUUGUCAUGGAUACUUACACAGAUUGACACAUAUUUAACCUGUGCAGCUUUUUAUUGAUUGUUGCUACAGCCAGUCGGUGGUACUGACGGACGUACGGCUCUUCAUUAUCAAAAUCUGUUCUAGGAAGGUGUUUUAUAUUUUUUCUGUGUAAGAAUAGAGCUUUCUCUGACAUGUUCCCACUGUAGUUAUUACACAUUAACCCCCUGAAUAAUUUAGCAAUAAUUGGUGUCCUCACUUUUCUUGAUCUGCUGACUGUUUGAACAAAUGGCACUUUGAAGGUUGAUCAUUAUGGCUGUGGCUAUGUAAUGGAUAUGUAAUGCUAAUAAAUCACAUUUAACACCAACUGA